AUGGAAAAUGAAAUUAAUUAUAUAAAUUUUGAUGGAUCUUUUAAUUUAAAAAAUCUAACAAAUCUUCUAGAAAAAUAUUUAAGUAGAAAAUAUACAAUAAAAAAUUCAUGGAAAUAUGAAAAAAUUAAUGGUGGUUAUUCAAAUACUUUAAUUAAAGCAACAAAUAUAUCAACUAAUGAAACAUUUGUAGUGAGGCUUUUUGGAAGUUGUAUGUCAUCAUAUCAUAUUAUUAAUAAAACAAAUCUUAUUAGUAUGUAUCUUGGUGAAAAUAAAAUGGGUCCAAAAUUGUAUGGUGUAUUUUCUAAAGGGACAAUAGAAGAAUUUCUACCAGGAAGAAAUUUAACAAGAGAGGAACUUCAUCUACCUGAGAUGACAGAAAAAAUAGGUUAUUAUAUGGGAAAGAUUCAUAAAUUUGAAUUACCAUUUAUUAAAAUUUCUACAUUCUGGGAUGAUGUUCAAAGUUGGUUAUAUAAAUUAAAAGUAGCAGAAGAAGAAAUACUUAAACAGUAUGAGAUAUUUAAAAAUGAUUGGACUAAUGAAAAAUUAUGUGAAAAAUUAGGUUUUAAAGUAGAAAGAAUAAAUAAGUAUGAAAAUACAUAUUUAAAAAUUUAUAUUAAACAAACCUUAUUUCCUCCAUCAGAAACAAUUCCUAAAACUACAAGUAUAAAAGAAUUAUAUGAGGAGUAUAAUUCAAUACUUUCCAAGAUAAAUAAUUCUAAAAGUCCCGUUGUUUUUUGUCAUAAUGAUCUUCAUGAAGGAAACAUAUUAUAUAAUGAAGACAAAAAUACAAUUCUUCCAAUUGAUUAUGAGUAUAGUUGUUACAAUAACCGUGGUUUUGAUUUUGCACAAACAUUAAAUCAUUAUGCCUGGGAAUAUGGAUCCUCAAAUGAAUAUGGAUAUAAUAUAUUUCCAAAUGAAUAUCCAACUCAACAACAAUUAGAAAACUUUUUUAGAAAUUAUAUAAAAGCAAGUAAUACAAAAUCUAGUAUAGAAGAGUUGAUAAAUGAAAGUACAUUAUUUCUUGAGAUUCCUCAUUUUGUUUGGUUUAUAUGGGGACUAGAGAAGCACUUUUCUUCAUUAGGUGAUGAAAAAAAAGAUUUUUCAUACAUUUUUCCAUCAUUUGACAGUCAGAAAUCUAGAAAAUUUUCAACUGGCUUUUAUACCUCUGAAAAUAAUAAUGUUAUAUCUAUGAAAAUUAUUAAUCUGGAACAUCUUUUGAAUAGUAAUCAAAUGAAACUAGUCCCAUCUUUAUAG